UCAUGGAAAGACAUCCGUAUCCACUCGAGCCUUUUCUGAAAAGGCCAACGUCCCCAGCCAUCGUCGAAGAGCUUUAGCUGGCAGGCAGAGCAGGAGAGAGUGGGAGAAUCUUAUUCCUUUUCAAACCAAGACAACGCUGGUUUCCGUUCUCGUCUUCCCGAGGUUGAAACAAGUAAAGGCUCGCUGCUUUGACUGAUAGUGUACUGUGAUGGAAAUUGGGUGUGCCCUCCCCGCCUCUUCUUCAAUACGUGGAUAUUAAUUGUUUCAUAUUUUACCGCAAUAUCAAUCAAUUUUGCAGAUUGUAUGGGAGGGGGUUCCAUCAAUUGAGGAGUGAAUUUGGUCCAAGUGGAAUGAGUGUAUUGCACCAUGCAGAGUCACACGUAGCGGUCCAGAUUGUGCAAGGGGUCAACUCCACAAGGAGUUGGAUUCAUCCUAAGGGUAGCAAAUGGCAUGCACAUACAAAGAUAGGUUUGAAGACAAGCAGUAAACGCUAGGGUUUUUUUUUUGCAUGCCAACAAUGUUUCAGGUUGUUGAUAUGAUGUCCAUUGUUGAAGAGCUGAAUUACCUUAGCUUGCAUGAGCUUAAUAAGCUCCUAAGGGAUUCAGAGAGUUUUACUCUACACAUCAAUGCCGGAAAAGAGUCAUUUAUGCAGAUUGAUAUGGAACGACUUGCAUCUUCUCUUCCUUUGCACCUUAUCGCCAUCCUUAUUUCUUCAAUGGAAGAUGAUUUGAGCUUGAGAUACAUCCUGUGUGGAGUUCGUCUUCUGCACUCGUUAUGUGAACUUGCAUCUAGGCAUGCAAAACUCGAACAGAUUCUGCUGGAAGAUGUGAAGAUCACUGAGCAAAUACUCGAUUUGGUGUUCUUUAUGCAUGUUGUUCUUGCGCGAUAUGAACAGGAUGGCUAUUCUGGAAGCUAUUUACCUCUUUUGCAUUCAGCAUUGGUGGCUUGCAGUCUUUAUCUAUUGAGAGACUAUAUUUCUCUGAAGUGGCAAGAUCUCGUCAAUGUUUUGGUUGCACAUCCAAAGAUUGAUGUAUUUAUGAAUGCAUCAUUUGAUGCCCUGCGAGUAGAUAUUGGACUUCUCCAAAUGACUUUGUCCUCGCUGAACACAAAAGUUACUGAAAAGAAAACCAGUUUUUCUGUUGCUGAGCGGGCGGUGAACAUUAUCGCACAGCAGUGCGAAGCCUCUCUUCAGAUUCUUCAAUCCUUGUGCCAGCAAAAGUUGUUUCGUGAACGCCUUCUUAAAAAUAAGGACCUCUGCAAAAAUGGGAGCAUUCUUUCUCUGGUUCUUGCUAUCCUGAGGUUGAAUAUAUCACGUCAUUUUAAGGAAUCUUCCACCAUUGUGGCGAAUGUGUCGAGGCUGAAAUCUAAAGUUCUAUCAGUUCUGAGGCAAUUCUGUGAGGACGAAAGCAUUUCUUACUUGGAUGAGGUUGCCAGCUCUCCGAGAAGCAUGAAACUGGCGACAUCUGUUGCAUUAGAGGUUCUCGAGUUACUGAAGGUUGCCUUCAGCAGGGAACCUAAACAAAUUGAUGAUUCUGUUGUCAACUGUAACCCAAAGGGUUAUUUGCUUCUCAAUUGCAUGCGUCUUGCUGAUAUUUUCUCUGAUGAUUCUAAUUUCCGUUCUUUCAUUAUGACGAACAUUACUAAGGUUUUGGCUGAGAUUUUGUCUUUGCCCCAUGACAAGUUCGUAUCCAAUUGGUGCUUGGCUGAUAUUCCAGUAAUUGAGGAAGACGCUACUCUUGAAUAUGAUCCAUUUCUGGCAGCAGGCUUGGCAAUUGCAUCAUCAAAAGUUGCUCGCUACACAGCCUUGACAGGGCCUAGCCUUCUUGAUGAAACUAAUUCUGUUUGCAGUUUAGCCUUGAAUUGUAUGCCUCUUAUCCCCCAUGUUCAGCAGAGGACGUCUUUCUUGGUCAAGAUAAUUGCAAAUCUGCACUGCUUUGUGCCAGAUAUAUGUGAAGAGCAAGAGAAAGACCAAUUUUUCAACAAAUUUGUUCAGUGCUUAAAUACGGGGACAUCUAACUCUUCUGCUGGAGUUAUCUACCAUGUUGAUGCGCCAAAAACCAUCAUGAUUUGCGAGAACCUGUGUUCCUUGUUGGAGCAUGCAAUAUCUCUUGUUCCAACCUUACUGAAUGAGGACGAUGUGCAACUUCUGAGUGUAUUCUUUGAGCAACUCUAUGCAUCACUUCCUUCGGCACAAUCUAUAACUGGUGCAGCUAAGGAGGAGCCAGUUGUUGAAGAUGCGAGAGAAGUUAAUGAAAAGACUCUGAAGGGUUAUUUAUAUCAACAGUACCAACAUUCUCAAUGCUGGAAAAGAUAUUCCAAUAUUGAUAUAGUCAAACAUGAAAGUCCCUUGAUGAAUGCACGAUCUUCAUUUCCUCAUGUGCUUGGCAACUGCCAACUCAAAUAUGAAACUCUGGAAAAUGAUAGCUAUCGAUUACCUGAGGAGGCACAAAGCACAGGACGUUGUGCGUUGCAUUUUACAAGGAAAGUUAAUGCAAAUUCUAUUGUAGACGUUCUAGAUUCUGGAAGAGAAUAUGGUGACAUAGAAGACGGGACCGUGGAGACAUCAUUUCAAGAAGUGGACCAGUUUAAAGCCGUGAUAAACAAGCAGACAAGCCCCCCCAGUGAGGUGAUGGAGCUCGAUAGAAGUAGAAAGAAGGAUAAGAAUGGUUCGUCAGGAUGUGUAGGAGAAGUCAAUGAAGAGCUUGGAACUGCUGAUACGAAUAUAAUUGUUGGGAGUUCCAAGAAGGAAGAAACUUGUCUUGAUCAACGUCUAAAUGAUGCUAAUGGUGAAAUGCCGAAAUUGAAGGAGCGUGUGAAGGGCAGUGGAUGUAGAGGUUUCGUAGAAGAAUUUGAGAAGCUUGAAUCUGUACAGAGUGAUGACAAACACCGAAGAAAACGGAAGCGUAACAUUAUGAAUGAAAAACAGAUAAUCUUAAUUGAGAGGGCCCUUUUAGAUGAACCAGAGAUGCAGCGGAAUGCAUCUCUAUUACAGUCAUGGACAGAGAAACUGAGUAUUCAUGGCUCCGAGCUGACAUCUUCCCAGCUAAAGAACUGGCUGAACAACAGGAAAGCUAGACUAGCUCGAGCUGCUCGAGAUGCUCAUGCACCAUCAGAAGGAGACAAUGCAUUUUCUGAUAGGAAUUGUGUCUCAAAUAUGGGGGGGCAUUUCUAUGACUCAUCAGAGAGUACCGGAGGGGAGGACUUCUACUUCCUGUCAAAGGUAGAGAGAGGCAGCAACCAACCAUCAGAGAGUGCAGAAAGAUUGGAUGAAGAUCAUGAUGAUGGCGGCAUUACAAAAGAGAUGGGAUGUGAAACACCGGAUUUGCCCCUGACAGACUUUGUUGAUUUCGCAGCACAGCAGAUGCAUUUGAGAUACUUGCGGUUUGAAGCUGGCCAAUGUGUUUCUCUAACCGAUGAUGAUGGCAAAGAGGUUUGCCGGGGGAGGAUUUGCCAGAUGGAAGGAAGAUGGUAUGGGAAGAACCUGGUAGAAUCAGGGCUAUGUAUAGUAGAAGUUAAUGAGCUCAAGGUUGAUAGACAGACAAGGCUGCAGCACCCUUCUGAGGCUGGUGGUAGCACAUUUGACGAAGCCGAGUUGAAAACUGGGAAGAUGAAAGUGGCCUGGGAUGUAAAUAAGAUAUUCCACUUGCCCUGAGUACAAACCCAUCCAUAAUUCAUCUUCUGACAAUUGUAAGAGAGAUGCACUUGCCAUGUAAUAUCCAAGAAGGUACCAAUAUUUUCUUGGAUUUACAGGUCUCCGAAAAACAGAUGCUGAAAAGAUUAGAGAGACCUUAAUUGCAUGUUGUAAAGUAUGCGUGCGUGUGUGUUUUCUUGACAGUAAACAACCAAGAAUUACAAGCUGGGCAUUUAGCAUGUGGAGGUUUGCAUAGAGGGCAUGGAACUUGGAUAUUGGUUCUCUUCCUUUGUUGUAAAUGUUAACUUGGAAUGGAACUCCAGAUGUUACGUGGCACCUCUGCCUAGAGCCCAUCCUCGUAUUUUCUUUUGCAGCACCACAAAAGCAAGUAAACCUAGGGUUAAAGGAGAACAAGUCCGACCAUUGAGAUAAAUACGCUUUAGUGGAUUAACAUAGCAUUAUUCACAGUUGAUUCCCACUGUUCUUUAUAUAGUUGUUCAAUGCACUUUUCAUAUAUGGUUCUUCAAUGGAUGAACCUUGGAAUUGUUCAAAA